AUUCAGUUCCAUCAAUUUGGAUUGGGUUGGCCCAGAAAAAACACAAGGAAUCGAUCCACCAUGUCUAGUAGUGAGCGGGCUAAGAAGAUCAUGGACGGAUUCAAACUAAAUUCAAUGAUUCUUCGAGAUGGUGAAACAGGGAAAACCAUGUGGCAAGGAGCAGAAGACCUUUCUUUUCCGGGUGUUGAGCAUGAAGCUCGUGUUCCCAAGAAAAUCUUGAAGUGUAAAUCUGUGUCCAGAGAGAUCAAUUUUGCAUCUGAAGAAGAGAUGGAGAAUUUCAGACUAGAACAGAAAGUUUACUUUAAAGGACAAUGUUUAGAAGAAUGGUCUUUUGAGUUUGGUUUUGUGAUGCCCAAUUCUGUAAACACAUGGCAGUCCAUGAUAGAAGCUGCGCCAGAGUCUCAGAUGAUGCCCGCUAAUGUUUUAACUGGGAAUGUCAUCAUAGAAACGAAGUUCUACGAUGCUGAUCUUCUUGUCAGUACAUCGAGGGUCCGGCUGUUUUAUGUUUGAAUCCUCUCUGGGGUUUUUUUUUUUUUUUACAUCACCUCCCUUUUUCUUUCUAUUUCAUGAAUAUUCUUUUAUGGAAAAAAAACAGUUUGUUGGGUGCUAUGGACUUGAAUGCAUUCCGGGUCUACAGCCAAUUCCAAAUAUAACAAAGGAGUCAGCCACUGCAACAUGCUGCAGAUUACCGUACGGAGCACUAGGCAAUUGACGUUCAAAUUUUAUCAUUUUCCCCCAGUUCUUCUACUUCCAGAAGCUUCUCAGUGCUGCUUGUUGAAACUUAUUUAAGUUAUUUUAAAACUUCUCCUUG